AUGGGCGACAGGAGCACUGGGCUGGACAGGGAAAGACAAGUGAGGCAGCUCAGCAAUGAGUGGCAACUGCAAGUUUGCAACCCGCUCGAGAUAGCCAGCCCACAAUUGCACUGGCUUGAGCUGCUCAGGUAUAUCAGACUGCUGAGACUUGAGCCGCUUCCAGAAGGCUCGGGGGUCACUGUGCAAAUCAUCAAGCAGGCGUCGCAGUUGCGCGAGCCGGUGAGCGCGCCGUUUGUGGCGGACGGCCUCGGCAACCAGAUCCUGGCGGCGGCUGGUGCUCUUCGGCCCUUCGUCAUGACGGCAGGCGUCUGCUCAGCCGCGGACUUUGAUGGAACUUCCGGCAACCUUGGCACCGAUUCCCAUAAUGCGCAGCCGCUCCAUUAA